AUGUUUCACGAAGCAGAAUUGUCGGAUACUCCAGAUGGCAUCACGCACUAUGACCUUCCGUCCCGGCCAACGUCCGCGGCGUCUUCGGCGUCGUCGCCGGUGUCCUCCGAGUGGAUUGAGGUGAAGGACGCCCAUGGCAACCCCAAACGAGUGCCAGAACGCAAGGGUCUGUUUUUCCCGACCCGUGGAGAGACGUACGGCGAUGCGUGGAACGGCAAUGUGCCCAAGGAAAAAACCACCGUCAAACGGACCCUGGCUCACGUCUGCCCCGAAGAGGGCUGUGACAAGGCAUACAGCCGGCCAUCGCUCCUAAAACAACAUCUACGGUCCCAUUACAACGAGCGGUGCUUUGUGUGCACUUAUGAGGGCUGUGGCAAGGGCUUCUUCCGCCGCUCGCAUCUCAAAGCCCACACAAACAGUCACACGGUGGCCAAACGAUACCACUGCUCGUUUUGCGCCAAGGGGUUCAACACGCGCCAGCACCUGCUGCGUCAUGAGGUGACCCACAAGUCGAUAAAACACUGCCCACACCAAGACUGCUCCAAGCAGUGUCGCACCGAGGUGCAGCUGCUGGAGCACUGUGUGGCCGACCACGCCACCUGGAAGCACCAGUGUACCUAUCCCGAAUGUGGACGCGCUAUUGGCUCCGAAAGACAGAUGCAAUACCACUGGGAACGGGACCACAACCAAACGCCGCAGUACAAGUGUCCGCAUGACGAGUGCGAAGAGGUGGCCUCACAGUGGAUCAAGCUGCAGAAGCAUGUUUCAAAGGCGCACAACCGGUGGCUGUGUCACCAUUGCGAAGGCAUCUUUGACGACGUGCAGUCCAUGUACGAGCAUGAGAAGAGCGUGCACGGUCUGUCUGUUCUCUACAGAGGCGGCCACCGGACUCCAGGCUACGUGCGGCAACUCUGGACGUGCCCUGAAGAGUCAUGUGGUCACCAAUCCUUCGACAAGGACCUGUAUGCCAAACACUACGUGUCGCACAACAAGGCCCCUGUUCGCGACAUGUUUGAGUCGGUGGCUGAGUACGACAUUACACCCGAGAUCAUUCCGUACUUUGAAAAGCCCGAAAAGCUGACGCGAAAAGGCCGUUCAGAGCGAACGAGUCUGGAGGGCAAGUCUGGGGAAGAGGAGUACCAGUUGCCUAGCGAACGCCCAGCCAAACGACAACGGCGAGAGGUCUCCAAACCCACAAACACCGCUGCCAGCAUCGUCGACAAAAUCACCGGAGCCGGCUACUCGGACUCUCGAACCAUCCCUUGCGUGGUCGAGACUUGUAUGCAUCGGUUCAACCGUAAGUACGAUCUCGACCGCCACGUUGCUGCCAACCAUGCCACCAACUGCGCCGUUUGUCCGUUUGGAUCUCACAUUCUCACCGAGGUCCGAGACCACAUGAGCGACGAACACCGCACCGAGUGGCCGGCAGAGUGCUACCAGGCCUCCCCAGACGCCCACAUCAAAAUCCAUCUUGCAUACCUUCGUGGAGAGACGCCUGAGGUUGAACCUGUUAACACUACCUCUCAGAACAUGUACAAAAACCUGCAUUAUCCUACUCCUGGACUGCGCAGAAACGCCCCCCGAGGACAGUCCAACUCCUCGUACAAUAGCCCACUGCACAGCCCCAUCAUUCAGGUGCCGCAGCGUGCACACUCCGAGAGCCCUAUGCACAUGUAUGGCAACUCAUACCAACCCAUCCAACACACCAGCCCUAUCAGUGUGACUUCAUACCCUACCCAGACUCCCACUCCGGGAUCCAUCGGGUCUCCUGCUCCACUACAGCAGCUCAAUGAGGCUGUGGAGUACGCUCCAUUUGAUUCGUUGCCGCUCAGUGCCAUGUCCUCGGCCUACGUGUCGCCUGCCCUGUCUCAUUCGAUUCUGGCUGGCGGACAUGAUAUGGAGUACUCGUCCAAUGAAGAGGUCAACUUUACCAAGGACUCUAUUGACCCGGAGUUGUUCCGACAGUAG